AUGGCAAACAGUCGCUGUUUUCCCGCCAAAGAAUAUGACGUAGAAGCUCCGCUAUUGACUGAUCAUGUAGAUGAAGCAGUUCUGCAACGUCUUAAAGAAGAAUAUUGGCGUCGAAAAUUCAAUCUUCGCUAUAGCAGACAACGACGACUGAUGUUCAACUUGUUCCUGUUUUCCAUGAUAAUCUGUCUUAUUUUAUUCAUAGUUUUGCUAUCUCGAAUAAUGGCUAUUUUCAAAUUACUUGUGGAUAUUAUGCCUUUAUUUUUUAUGCAUCCUCAGCGAUCCGUGCAAUAUAGCCCUACAAAUCCGAGUGCAUUGGGACAAGAGGACUCGAUUCUCACGUAG